AUGACUUAUCCUGACUUAAACUUUCAACAAUCACGAAAUACUUCAACUAAUAUGACUUAUCCUGACUUAAACUUUCAACGAUCACGAAAUACUUCUACUACAACUCAUCCUGACUUAACCUAUCAACAACCACCAACUUUGGAAUAUUUUG